AUGUAAAAGGAGAGAGAAGAGAAGAUAAUCAAGCAGUUAUUUAAGGAUGUACAUCCUUAGUCGAUUCACAAUAGGUACUGAACUAUUAUAAGAAACUAAUGAAAAAUACAAGCGAGAAUGCUGAAUUAACAUGCUAAGACAAUAUUGUUGAAGAUGUGUAGGUUUGUUUCCGUGUAAUGUGUCAAAAUUGUGGAUUCAUUUCUUAAGGGUAUAAUAAAAUAGGAUAUAGUAAGUAUUAAAUGAUCUAAAGAACCAAUAUCAGCUACUGGAAGAUCAGUUAAUUUCAAAAGAAACUGAAGGAAAAAGCUCAUUCAAAUUCAACAGUAAUUAAAAGAUACGCAGAAGACUUAUAAGACACAUGUGAAGAAAUGCAAAAAUAAUUGGAAAACUCUAAUUCAUAAAUUAUAUUAUUGAAAUGA